CCAAUAGAAAAAAAAAAAAGAAUCACCCACCAAAAAAAGAGAAUUUACCUUAAAAAAAAAAGUCCUCGUGUUUGUUUCUUUCUUGGGAGAUAAAAAAAGUGAAAGAAAAAGAUUAUACAUACAUAGACUACAAGUUUGGCCAUAUAUCAUUUCUCUUUUUAGAAUCCACAUCAUAAUGACUCCAACAAAUUUUCAAACCCACAACAUUCCACUGCUAAAUUUAUUUUGAAUUUUUCUUUUGAUUUUGUAUUUUUUAUUUUUAAAGUUAAUAAGUAUUUCUCCCACAUUCCAUGUGAGAAAUAAGCUCCUCUUACUCUUGUAGAGAGAGAGGUUUGAUCUUUGUCAAUCUCUCUCACUUCUCUCUCAUGCCAUUAUAUAAGAAUAGUUGGAGAGUAACUUUUUCUCUUCACUUGCCUCGGACUCAAAAGAAAAGAAAUUUUAUAUUGUAUUGGGUGGAAACUCGAAACCCAAGAGAAUGGGUUUCCCAUUGAAACCUCUGCUUCUCUUUCUGACUCUGUUUUUGUUCUCUCACCAAACCAUAGCAGAGGAUUUCAUUGCUUUCAAUAAUGCUUCUUCUUCUUCUUCUACUACUAAUACUACUAGCUCAGUAGCCAGAAUACUGGCUGGAAAAUGCAACUGGUACCGUGGUUCCUGGGUAUACGACAAGUCGUAUCCUCUCUACGACGCUUCAACAUGUCCUUUUGUAGAUCCAGAGUUCAACUGCCAAAAGUACGGCCGACCCGAUAAGUCUUACCUCAAAUACAGAUGGCAACCUUUCUCUUGCGUCUUGCCCAGGUUUAAUGGGUUGUAUUUCUUGGAAAAAUGGAGAGGGAAAAAGAUUAUGUUUGUGGGUGAUUCAUUGAGUCAGAACCAGUGGGAAUCAUUAACUUGUAUGAUUCAUGCAUGGGUACCAAAUUCCAGAACCACAGUGAUCAGAACUCAAGGACUCUCAUCAGUCACAUUUGAGGAGUACGGAGUGAAGAUACUGCUGUAUCGCACGCCAUUCCUUGUAGAUCUUGGGAGCGAGAGAGUGGGACGGGUGUUGAAGCUUGAUUCGAUCAAGAAUGGGAAUGGAUGGAGGGGCAUGGACAUGUUGAUCUUCAACACCUGGCACUGGUGGACCCACACAGGAAGAACUCAACCAUGGGAUUACAUCCAAGACGGGAACAAAUUGUACAAAGACAUGAACCGUCUAGUUGCGUUUUACAAAGGACUAACUACUUGGGCUAGAUGGGUCAACUUCAACGUUGAUCCUUACAAAACCAAAGUCUUCUUUCAAGGGAUCUCUCCAACACAUUACGAGGGGAGGGAUUGGAACCAACCAUCAAAAUCAUGUUCAGGAGAGAAACUUCCUUACUUUGGAGUAAGAUAUCCAGGUGGAAUACCAUCGGCAUCGGUGGUGGUGAACAAAGUGAUGAGUAGGUUGAAGAAGCCGGUGUUCUAUCUAGACGUGACAACUCUGUCACAGUACCGUAAAGACGGGCAUCCCUCCGGGUAUAGCGGCGACCACAGUGGCCAAGAUUGUAGCCACUGGUGCCUUCCCGGAUUGCCAGACACUUGGAAUGAGCUCAUGUACGCUGCUCUUUUCAGUUGAUCGAUCAACUAGCUAAUAUUAGUAUUAAGUUGAAAGCCAUUGCUAUUUUUUCUUCUUUCUAAUUGUUAUUUAACAUUAAUUAUUGGGAGACAAAUUCAUCAUCAAUUAAUGUUGUUUCCCUUCAAUUAGGAAUAUCUUCAUCUUGUAUCCUUGCAUUUUUCGUGUGUAUUGAUUUGGGGGGUUGAUAGGGGAAAUAAAAGGGGUUGGUGUAGUAAUGGUAAAAAUUGUAAUUUUGUAAAUUUCAUUUUUGCAUUAUAUUGGUGUAGGAAAAAUAUGUAUUGUUGCCCUUUUCAAUUAAAUGAAAUAUAAGUCUCAUAAGAGCAA